ACCUUCGACAUCGGGGGUGCUAUAGUAGUAGUAUCAGAGAUAUCUAGACUCUUCUGUACCGAACACACUGUGUAGACUCUAGACUGUGACCCUGCGAGGACAUGCUCGGAAGAUCGAUCGCUAGCAGGACGAUCACAAGACAAGCAACCGUCAUCAUCCCGUGUCCGACUUUCCGCACGUUACCGACGCUGUUGCAACUUCGACCUCGACCAUCUCGGUCCUUGCAACGACAGCCACCCGCUCAACGAUCCAUCAUGUCCGCCAGCCUCAAUAACGACAAAGAAUACCUGGCUAUCUCGCAGGACGAGACUGUUUAUCAGCCGUUCUUGCUCAGCCCGAUCCCGGGAGCGGAAAAGACGCCUGAUGGGGAACUGGCGGUCGAUAAGGAUGACUGGGUACAGGGACUCGAGCUGGAUCACGUCAAGGGGAUGGUCAAAAGCGUUCCGGAGGGCAGAAGGGUGAAGAUCUUGAUCUUGUAUGGGAGCUUGAGAGAACGCUCCUUCUCCCGAUUGAUGGCCUACGAAGCAGCCCGGAUCCUACAUACCAUCGGCUGCCAAGUCAGGAUUUACGAUCCUCUCGGUUUACCUGUAAAGGACGAUACGCAGCACGACCACCCAAAAGUACAGGAACUGAGACAGUUGAGCGAAUGGAGCGAUGGGCAGUUUUGGUGUUCGCCGGAACAGCAUGGGAAUGUGACGGCGGUGUUCAAGAAUCAGAUCGACUGGAUCCCGCUCUCUGUGGGAUCCGUACGACCAACACAGGGCAGGACCGUCGGGCUAUGUCAGAUCAACGGUGGAUCGCAGAGUUUCAACACGUUGUCGUUUUUACGGAAUCUGGGAAGGUGGAUGAGGAUGUUUGUCAUUCCGAACCAGUCCUCCCUACCACUAGCUUGGAAAUGUUUCACCCCGGCCGGCCGCCUCCUCCCCUCUUCAAACCGGGACCGCCUGGUAGACGUCUGCGAAGAACUCGUCAAGUUUACCGUCCUCCUCCUCCCGCACUUCCAGGUCUUGGGUGAUCGGUAUAGCGAGCGAGAAGAGAAGCGCGUGAAAGGGAGGUUGUUGACGCAGGCGGAGAAGGAAAAGGAGAAGGAUGCGUCGUUGGCAGCGUCCAAAGACAGGGAGAGGUUGAAGGAUCUGCACAAGGCGCAUGAUGGGAGCAAGUGAGAGGACAUUGCAUUGUGUAGAGGUGCUUAGACGUCGGGGUGGUGUAUCGAGUAGAUGCCCGCCUGUGAAGCUAUUCGGUCGGUUUGGGCUCAUUGGGCACAGAACUUGGCGGGAGAUCUCAAGGCCCACCCGUAGUGCCCGCGCUGUCUAACAAUCAACAAACAGAUUCCACAAUAAAAGGUUGGGACCGUGCAUCUUGAAUUGAAGCGCCUGUCGCACCAGAAUUCCAUGCGGAAAACGAGUUCAAUGAAGGUUUCGCGCAGGGAAAGAAAAUCCUAAACAGCGGGAUCCUCGCCUGUGAACGGGCACGGUGCGCCCUCGCCAUCCUUAUGCGGGUUGAAAUUGGUGCAAGGUAGCUUGUAUGAAGUCAUUUCAGCUCGAGAGAUUAUGACGAUGUCAGCCGC